GAGAGCCGCUGCAUACAGAUGAGUCGGCAGCCGGUCUGAGCUGACCCACAGACUCAUAAAAACGAACAGGGCCCCGGGCCCCGUCACCUGGGCCAUCCAAACUCUUGAACCAAAGGUGCAAGGACUCGCUCACAUCAAGGACCUGGCUGCUUUCUCGGGGACCAAGAAACUGGGCUUUUGUCUCUGUGUUCACGCUGGCAGUCCAUGAGGUUUAAUAGAUUACAUUGGGAAAUUAGGUCUGUGAAAACGCAGGCAGUCAGCUCAGACGGGCAUCAGUCAGCAGCAGAGCUGGAAUUCAAGUCUGACUCCAGACCACGUGUUUCAAGGCCAGAGGCUCCGGGGAGGCUGCACGCGCUCUCCAGAACCUGUCCUUCCAAUCACCACAGCCGUGGUUUUCUCAUCACCACUUCUACCUGGGGUCUUCUUGUGUUUUCACCUGGUUUAAGGCCAUGAGCAAGACGUGGAUUCUUUAAAUCAGAGUGCCACAUCCUUCAGCUUGCGGGCAAGGAAGGAAGUAGGAGAUACCGAUGGUCGGGUGUUGACAGAAAGAAUGUUCAAACAUCUUCAGAAAUGGUUUGUCACUCACUUUCUUGGUCAUUCUCGGCGAAGAGCAAGGCUGGUCUCCAAAGAUGGAAGGUGUAACAUUGAAUUUGGCAACGUAGAGGCACAGUCGAGGCUGAUAUUCUUUGUGGAUAUCUGGACGACUGUGCUGGACCUCAAGUGGAGAUACAAAAUGACCAUCUUCAUCACAGCCUUCUUGGGGAGCUGGUUCUUCUUUGGCCUCCUGUGGUAUGCGGUCGCCUACAUUCACAAAGAUCUCCCUGAGUUCCAUCCUUCCGCCAACCACACCCCUUGCGUGGAGCACAUUAAUGGCCUGACCUCAGCUUUUCUGUUUUCUCUGGAAACGCAAGUGACCAUUGGCUAUGGAUUCAGGUGUGUGACGGAACAGUGCGGCACUGCCAUUUUUCUGCUUAUCUUCCAGUCUAUCCUUGGAGUCAUCAUCAAUUCUUUCAUGUGUGGUGCCAUUUUAGCCAAGAUCUCCAGACCCAAAAAACGUGCCAAGACCAUUACUUUCAGCAAGAAUGCAGUGAUCAGUAAGCGGGGUGGGAAGCUCUGUCUCUUGAUCCGAGUGGCUAAUCUUCGGAAGAGCCUCCUUAUUGGCAGUCACAUAUACGGAAAGCUUCUGAAGACCACCAUCACUCCUGAAGGAGAGACCAUUAUUUUGGACCAGAUCAAUAUCAACUUUGUGGUUGACGCAGGGAAUGAAAAUUUAUUUUUCAUCUCUCCACUGACAAUUUACCAUGUCAUUGACCACACUAGCCCCUUCUUCCACAUGGCAGCAGAAACCCUUCCCCAGCAGGACUUUGAAUUAGUGGUGUUUUUAGAUGGCACGGUGGAAUCAACCAGUGCUACCUGCCAAGUCCGGACAUCCUAUGUCCCAGAAGAGGUGCUCUGGGGCUAUCGUUUUGCUCCCAUAGUGUCCAAGACCAAGGAAGGGAAAUACCGAGUAGAUUUCCAUAACUUUAGCAAAACAGUGGAAGUGGAGACGCCUCAUUGUGCCAUGUGCCUUUAUAAUGAGAAAGAUGCUCAAGCCAGGAUGAAGAGAGGCUAUGACAACCCCAGCUUCAUCUUGUCCGAAGUCAGCGAAACAGACGACACCAAAAUGUAACAGUGGCUUUUCAACACGAGUAAAGCAAAAUCUCGAAGAUACCUAGUGACUAGAAACAUUAUGGAGCAAUCAACAAUUUGGGGGUAUGACAGUGGGACAAGAGCCUUUAAAAUCUCCCUGCACAAUGUCCCUGAACCCCAUAACCAUGAUCCUACAAGACAUAUAGCUCUACAAGGCAACUGCAUAAGAACAUGCAAUGGGUUUAUAGGAAACUGGAAUAUGGGAGCCAUAGGAGCUCACAUAAAAUCUUGAAUAGGAUUAUUUGAAAUCAUGCAGUGUUGAUGGGAACAGACAAAAAUCAUUGAAAGCCUCAUGGACAGACCAAAUGAGAUCUUUUUAAGAGUAUUCCCAAAGAAGAUAUAAGCUUUAGAUAGGAUCAGGGAAAAACGAUGUUCUUAUUUUGGUUCUACUGAUAAGAAAGAAGCCACGUUUAUUUUAACAUUGGCUUGUAUCAAAGGAAAAAGUGUCUUCUGAGUUGGGGGAGAUGAACCAAUCAAAGUAAUAAGAAAAGACGGAUGCACAGUGAACAUUUGUGAGGCACUGGCCUUCUCCAGCCCUGGUUGUUUGUGCUUUCAUCUAAGUCUGGGUCAUGCUGUGUUUCCAGAGGAACAAAGGGGAGGCUUGGCCCAUGGACUCCGCAUCUCUACAUAUAGGAGAGGAGCACAGGGCCCAGCCUGCUAGACGGUACUUCCAGACCCUGUGGCCAAGCUGGGUGUUGCCCCAAGGACAUUUAGACAGAGGCUAAAUCACCACUCUAGAAUCUCAAUGAACACUUUCCUGCAAGAAAGAAUGUUUGAUUUGAAAAUGAGGGUGAUAUUUCUUCCAAUUUGUGUUAGAUGGGAUAAGGGGCUUCAAAUCUGUUAGAACAGUAUUUCCUGAUCUUCCAAGAAGGCAGUGAGGAGUUUGAAGGAGCAAAGACAGUUUAGAAGGGAAAAUACUGCUAAUGCUUCUGAGAAAAAUGUAUCUUGUGUUUUUCACCUGAGGAUUUGUAACUGAAAUGCUGUCUCUAAAGGAGAAGUAUGAAAGGGAAGGGAAUGGGAUAUGACCCCACAGUAAGGAAAGUGCUAGAUCUUCCUUCCUCUGAGGGCCAACACCACAUCUUCAUCAAAGAGACCAGUGUAAUAUAAGGAUUGAUCUGCAGGGGAAGGUUUUACUGUGAAUGUCUUGUUCAGUUUCCUACUUACGUUAUUUUGAAUGUAUACUGGAAAAGAUGGUACCCAAAGCUGCUUAGGAAUCAAAAUGUUUUCAGUGUGUUGAUUAAUACAUUAAAUCUCUGAAACUGUGAUGUA